CAAGGGUCCCGUCCAUGAACAUGAGAUCAGGUUCCGCCAAAGGUGCUUCGCUUGACAACUCGCAAGAUGCUCAUCUCAAAAACCCUGCUGGGUGGAAUUGCCUUGGGGGCGUCCGUUGUUGGUGUUUCCAGUGCACAAAAUUCCACUCGUUGGCCGUUGCAUGACAAUGGCUUGACAGACAUCGUAGAAUGGGAUCGCUACAGUUUUUUGAUUAAUGGCCAGAGACAUUUUGUCUUUUCUGGAGAGUUCCAUUAUUGGCGACUCCCUGUACCAGAAUUAUGGAAAGAUCUACUCGAAAAGAUCAAAGCCGCAGGCUUUACUGCCUUCUCCAUUUACAAUCACUGGGAGUACCACAACCCCAAGCCCGGCGUUCUCGACUUCGAGAGUGGUGCCCACAACUUCACCUCAAUCAUGACACUAGCUAAAGAGAUCGGUCUCUACCUAAUCAUUCGACCAGGACCAUACGUCAAUGCCGAAUCUAACGCGGGCGGCCUCGCCCUGUGGGCAACCACAGGCGCCUACGGAAAGCUCAGGGAUAAUGACCUUCGGUAUCUGGAUGCUUUGACCCCGUACUGGGCCAAUGUCUCUGAGAUCAUUGCCCCUCAUCUUAUCACUAACGGCGGAAAUAUCAUCCUAUACCAGGUCGAGAAUGAGUACGCUGAGCAGUGGAGCGAUUUUGAAAACAGGGAGCCCAACAAUUCUGGCGAGGAAUACAUGCAGUAUUUGCAGGACGUUGCUCGGGAAAAUGGCAUCGAUGCUCCUCUGUUCCAUAACCUUCCGAACAUGAAUGGUUAUUCGUGGUCCAAGGAUGUGUCCAACAAUACCGGAAAUGUCGAUGUCAUUGGUGUGGAUAGUUAUCCAACUUGCUGGACCUGCAAUGUCAGUGAGUGUCUCGACACAAAUGGAGAGUAUAUCCCAUAUAAAACUUUGCUAUACUAUGACUUCUUCAAGAACCUAUCGCCUACUCAGCCAAGCUUCAUGCCCGAGUUCCAAGGAGGGUCGUACAACCCAUGGGGUGGGCCUCAAGGUGGUUGCCCAGAUGAUCUUGGCCCGGAUUUCGCAAACCUCUUCUACCGAAACCUGAUCUACCAGAAAGUCAGUGCCAUCUCGCUGUACAUGCUGUAUGGUGGUACAAACUGGGGAUGGCUUGCUGCACCAGAUGUCGCGACGAGCUAUGACUACUCCUCUCCGAUUUCAGAGAACCGACUACUCGUUGAGAAGUACUAUGAAACCAAAGUAUUAACUCAAUUUACAAGAAUUGCCCAGGAUUUGUCCAAGGUCGAUCGUGUAGGCAACAGCACGAAAUACUCGAGCAACCCAGCGGUUUCAGUCUCCGAGCUGCGGAACCCUGACACUAAUGCGGCUUUCUACGUAACUCAGCACGAGUACACACCAUCCGGAACGGUUGAAAAGUUCACCGUUAAGGUCAAGACAUCUGACGGUGCUCUCACUAUCCCGCAAUACGGAACGCAGAUCACUCUCAACGGCCAUCAAUCCAAGAUCAUCGUCACGGACUUCAAGUUCGGCACAAAGACGCUCCUUUACUCGACUGCAGAGGUCCUUACAUAUGCUCUCAUUGACGACAAAGAAGUGCUAGCCCUCUGGGUACCCACAGGCGAAUCGGGAGAGUUCGUCGUCAAGGGUGUGAAUACGGCCAAGUUCGUUAACAAGGGCUCUUCCGCGAAUGUUAAAAUCCAUCCCGGAGCAGACAAUGUGACGGUAUCUUUCAUGCAGAGAUCAGGUCUGAGCUUGGUUGAGCUCGGUGAUGGGGCACGCAUUGCCCUUCUCGACCGGUCCGCAGCUCAUGUGUUUUGGUCUCCUUCGCUCAACAAUGACCCUGCCGAGGCCGGCAACAACACUGUCCUUGUCCACGGCCCUUACUUGGUUCGCUCGGCUAGGCUCGAAGGCUGUGACCUGCAACUCACUGGCGACAUUCAGAACUCCGUAAAGGUCAGCAUCUUUGCGCCCAAGUCGGUGUGCUCUGUCAAUUGGAAUGGCAAGAAGACAUCAGUCGAGUCUGCAAAGGGUGGUAUCCUGACCACAAAUUUGGAAGGCGCUGCUAGGUUCGAACUUCCCGCAAUCUCCGGAUGGAAGUCAGCGGACAGUCUUCCUGAAAUAGCGAGGGAUUAUUCUACAACAAGCAAGGCUUGGAUCGCGGCUACGAACACAAAUACAUCAAAUCCUAUCCUUCCAGCACCAAAUAACCCAGUUCUCUACGUGGACGACUACCACAUCCACACUGGCAACCACAUUUACCGCGCCACGUUCCCCACCACCGAUGAGCCACCAACCGAAGUCUAUCUCAACAUCACCGGAGGCCGGGCAUUCGGCUUCUCCGCCUGGCUCAACUCAGAAUUCAUCGGAUCCUGGCUCGGUAUCCCUGGGAUCGGGCAGGGAGAACAGACAUUCUCAUUCUCCAAUGCAACACUCAGCACCGACGCAGACAAUGUCCUAGUCAUCGUCAUGGACAAUUCAGGACAUGACAUGCGCGAUGGUGCCAUCAACCCCCGGGGUAUCCAAAACGCCACCCUCAUAGGCCCCGGAAGCUACUCCUUCACCGAGUGGAAGCUCGCUGGCAACGCAGGCUUCGAGAACCACCUCGAUCAGAUCCGCGCUCCCCUCAACGAGGGCAGCCUGUACGCCGAGCGAGUCGGUAUCCAUCUCCCUGGGUAUCCCUUUGACGAGGCCGAAGAGCUGCCUUCCGACAGCAUAAGCCUGACCGUCCCCGGCGCUGGUAUCCGCGUCUUCCGUACUGUGGUUCCCCUGCUGGUGCCCUCCGGACUGGAUGUCUCCAUCUCCUUCCGCCUGACUGCACCCUCAAAUGUGACUUUUAAAUCUGCAAAGGGAUACACAAACCAGCUGCGUGCCCUGCUUUUUGUCAAUGGAUACCAAUUUGGCCGCUUCAACCCAUACAUCGGUCAUCAGAUUGACUUCCCUGUUCCUCCGGGUAUUCUUGAUUAUAAGGGAGAUAACACGAUUGCGGUGACCGUGUGGAGUCAGAGUGCGGAUGGCGCCGAGAUGAAGGUUGAGUGGAAUGUGGACUAUGUCCAUGAGACCGGCUUCGAUAUGAACUUUGACGGGACGUACCUGAGACCUGGAUGGAUUGAGGAGAGGCGUGACUGGGCUUGAAGUGCUACAUAAUACGAUUUUGGGAGACUAAGGUUCCAGAAUGAACCAUCAAUCAAGAUAGUGCAUUGCGUAAGGUAUCUAACAGUAUGAGAGCAUCAUGCAUAGUAGAAGUAGUAGUUGUGAUGGUAGAAUAGAUGACAACCUAAUUAGGUUAGGGGAACGACCCGCGUCCCAAAGAGGAAAGUCCAGAUAGGAGGGGAACUGCCACGCGCGACCGCUU